AUGAUUAAUACACUAAACACCGACACAGCAAAAGAUGAUGGGGCCCAGCAACCGAUGAAUUGCGGUGAAUCAGAAAAAAGUAAACGCGUUUCAAGCGCUGUGCAGUUUCUUCACGACUCUCGUGUGAAGUUCACGCCAGCAGCAAAUAAGAUAAAGUUUUUAAAGACGAAGGGCCUCACCGCAGAGGAGAUCUGCGAGGCCUUUGAGAAGGCAGGGCAAACAACCUCACUGGAUGAAAUCAAAAAGGCAAUGCAUGCCCCAUCGUUUGGGCGGACUAGGCCGGCGGUAGUAAACUCAGCUCCAGCGUCAGGGAAUGGGGGAAGCGAGGCAGGCUAUGCGCUGCGGCAGAAUCCCAUGCCAACCUACGCUGGACCGCUUUAUGCACCACAGCCACCACCUUUUCCCCCCAUGCCUCAAGAGUCAAAGGGAAUCGACUGGAGGGAUGUUGUUAUUGGUGUGGGCGCUGCAUUACUUGGUGGCAUUGGCGCCUUUAAGGCAUUUCAAACUUACUCCCCGUAUGAAAUUCGACGCAAAGAUGAGAGCGCCAAUCAGGGAGCGCGAGGUGAAGUGCGGCGGCGGGGCAAGAGGGACGAAGAGCAUGCGUCAUCCAACAGGGAAGCGGGGUAUCCGGUAUCCCCUUUCCGCAGCGUGGCAGCCAGCCCACCUGCAACACUCCCACCGCUGCCCGCCACCACGCCGACAGCGGCGGCAAACACGCCUGCUGAGACAACUGAAGGAGAUGCCCGGGACCUUCAGACGGAAUUGAAAGAAACCCAAGAGGCUCUGGAAAAGGAAAAGAAGAGCAAAGCAGAGCUUUCACUUACAUGUGGCAAGCUACGAGCGCAGCUUAACAACUCUUUGAGGAAGAACGAAAAACUGGAAUUGAGGGUUAAAACUCUCCAAGAAGAACUUGACAAGGCGCAGGACGUGGCAAGCAGCCAGAAGGAACCGUGUGAGACUGUCACUAGUGUUGCGGAUAAUGUGCCAGACCCUCAACAGGAUAUUGAUGUGCAACCCAAUGACCCACUUCUUUCGCCUCCCGGAGUUCCAACGGACACUGUAGACUCUGCUCCACCUGAGCCGAAGGAAGUGCCCGUGACAACAGUCACUGAGGGCGUUGAGGGGGAGGUAACAUUGUGA